AUGAAGAAAGUGGUGAGAUCGUAUAACGGGUGCCAGAAGUGCAGGAGUUUGAAGAAGAAGUGCAGCGAAGAGAAACCGCAAUGUAGCAACUGCAAGAAGCAAGGGUACGAUUGCAGCUACGUGAGGCCUUUGAAAUGGGGCGGUCGUCCGUUCAAGGACAAACGAGUUACCAAGAUGAUGCGGUUUGAACACACGUACGUGGUGGAGGGAAUAUGUGCUGUGGAUCUCAAGGCAGCUACUGGGAAGAACAGUUCUGGAACAGCAUCUGACUCAAAGGUUGCGAAGAAGAACAAGAAGAAGAAGAAUAGCCGUGCGGAAAUGGGUGCUCAGCAGAUGCUCUUGCAGAUGCCCCUGCAGCAGCAGCAGCAGCAGCAGCAGCAGCAACAGCAGACUUCCUUCCCAGAAGCAAAGAUUGUGGAAUAUCUGCCCCAGGUGGACGUAGAAGUGAAAGUCGACGUUGAUGAGAAUAGCAUCAACAUCGAUCCCAGUGUAGGCGGCGAGUCGUUCUCGCCGUUAUCAGCUCUAUUUGACAACAGCAACACCGAAAGAAGCCCCACGGCUCUGGAUACAGAUCAGCUGGUAUUCCAACCGAACGCAGCGAACACAGCCUUUUCCUCUGAAGUUGUGCUGCAGAACCAGCAGUUCAUGUCUCCUACUACAAGACUACCAAGCUUUAUGAUUCCCGAUUUGUUGCUUCAAUCCCCAGAAUUAGCAGAAUCGUUUGACUUCUUCUUCAGCCAAACAUCGAAGUUGCUCGUCCCAGCUCCAAGUACUACCUACAGCCGUAACCCAUUCUUCAACUUUCUACCUAGAAUGGCGAUGAACAGUUCCGCGUUGAUGAAUUUACUCUUAGUCUUUGGAGCUAACCAUAAACACAAGAUCAUGCACUCGCAAGGGUUCUAUACUGAUGGCAACAGCUCGUUGGUAGCGAAUGACUUGUUGACAAACACUUUCACCAGUUUGCUAACGCAACUAACAGACUUUGACACUAGAAAUAGCGAUUCAACGCUCGCUACCAUUUUGCUAUUGGCAGCUUUCGAUAUAUUCUUUGGUGAUAAGAAGCAGAAAUGGCGUACACAUGUGUACGGGGCCAGAAAAAUCAUGAAGGAAAGGCUUUCAAAUGGGACUGGUGCCCUCACCCUUUCGGACCAUAGUGCAGAUUUCCGGCAAGAACAUUUCCUUUUGAGAUGGUUCGCGUACACCGAUAUUAUUUCCUCGUUGUCGUCAACUAACUCGAUUAAUAACAUUCACAAGCUCUCGUCUCUCAAAUACGAGAUGGAAACAAACGUGGAGGAUAGUUUGAUGCAGAAGAUGAUUCGACUAGAGGAUAUUGAGUACUUUACCGGGAUGGAGGUAUCCUGUUUGUGGAUGUUGGCAGAGGUUUCUCGUUUGGUGAACGAGAAGGAGACAGACGAGACCACCGUCUUCCCACAGGUAUUGGUAUUGAAGGCCCUAGAACUUGACCACAAGAUGACAACUUAUUUAAAGAAAACAGAACUCAAAAGAGAUGAGGUCUAUCAAACCUACUACUUAUCAAAAACAGACGCAGUCAUGGCAGAAAGGUACGAGGUUUACAGAAUUCUUCGGGGCACAAACCAGAUAUUUACGCUAACUGGGGUACUACAACUAAAACGAAGGGUAUUGGGUAUCUCGCCCAGCAGCCCUAUCAUAAUAGAAUUACUAAAAGAAAUAACAAAACUUAUAGAAAAUUGCAUAGCGUUUGAAUCUUCCGCAGAGACAUGUAUCAUUUUCUGUAUCUUCAGCUGUGGAUGUGAGCUGAUGGAUCCAGAAUUGUACGAAUACAGGUUGUUGUAUCAGCAGCACUUGACAUCUUUGGUUCGUAAGGGUGUCACCAGUGCAAAACAAGCGCAAAAUAUUAUGGAAGAAUGCUGGCUAUCUGGGAAGCAAUGGUGGGACCUCUUCAAAGAGAAGAACAUGGAUAUUACGUUCGCGCUCUAA